CGCCUGCACACCCCCAUGUACUUCUUCCUCCUCAACCUCGCCCUCCUCGACCUGGGCUCCAUCUCCACCACUGUCCCCAAAGCCAUGGCCAAUGCCCUCUGGGACACCAGGGCCAUCUCCUACACUGCAUGUGCUGCCCAGGUCUUUCUGUUCUCAUUCUUGUUGUCAGCCGAAUUUUACCUCCUCACUCUCAUGUCCUAUGACCGCUACGUUGCCAUCUGCAAGCCCCUGCACUACGGGACCCUCGUGGGCAGCACAGCUUGUGCCAGCCUGGCAGCAGCUGCCUGGGGCACUGGGCUUCUCAAUGCUCUGCUGCACACUGCCAAUACCUUUUCACUGCCACUCUGCCGAGGCAACACCGUGGACCAGUUCUUCUGUGAAAUUCCUCACAUUCAAAAGCUCUCUUGCUCGUACCCCUACCUCAGGAAUCUCAGUCUUAUGACAUUCAGCGUAUUUUUGUUUUCGGGGUGUUUUGUUUCCACUGUGCUUUCUUACGUGCAGAUCUUCAGGGCUGUGCUGAGGAUGCCCUCCGUGCAGGGACGGCACAAAGCCUUUUCCACGUGCCUCCCUCACCUGGCCGUGGUCUCCCUCUCUAUCAGCACUGGCCUCUUUACCUACCUGAAGCCCCAUUCCAUCUCCUCCCCAGCCAUGGAUGUGUCGGUGGCAAUUCUGUACUCGGUGGUGCCUCCAGCAGUGAACCCCCUCAUCUACAGCGUGAGGAACCAGGCACUGAAGGGUGCCAUCUGGGAACUGUUGUUAUGGAUGUUUUCCAGUAAUCACAAAGACUCCAUCUCUCUCCGCAGGUGACUUCUAAUGUAUCCCACUCUAAGCUUGUGCUCGGUUGUUUUCCAUUAGUAUGUUUCUUUCUUUCAUACAGCCUACAGCAUACUUUCAUGCAGCAAAGGAAGUACAUGGGCAAGUACAAAGUGUUCUGGGGGGUCCUGAAAUGUGUGUUUGAUACAAAGAGAAGAUCUCGUGUUCAGAGGUUCUCCACUGUGGAAAGGGGAUUUAGCUGGGGGUCCUGAGGGAAUAAGAGCCGGCCGUGAGCCAGCACUGCGCUCCUGUAGCCUGGGUGGCCAAUGGUACAACAGAGGGGUGUCCAGCAGGGACAGGGAGGUGAUCGUCCUCCUCUACUCAGCCCUUGUAAGGCUCCAUCUGGAGCGCUGUGUCCAGGCCUGGGGAAACCAGCGCAAGGAAGACAUGGAGCUGUUGGAGCAGGUCCAGAGGAGUGCCACAAAGAUCAUCAGAGGGCUGAUGAAAGACUGUGGGAGUUGGGAUUGUUUAGCUUGGAGAAGGAAGGGUCCGGAAAGACCUCAUUGUGAUCUUGUGAUACCUGAAAGGAGCUUACAGGCAGGAGAAGGGCUGGCUUUUUAUGCUGGAAGAUAGCGAUAGGACAAGGGGCAAUGGAUUUAAACUGAACGAGGGGAGGUUUAUGUUGGAUGUUGUGAAGAGAUCCUCCACGCAGAGGGUGGUGAGGCACUGGAAGAGGCUGCCCAGAGCAUUUGUGGAUGCCUCAUCAGUGGAGGUGAGUGGAGUGGCCAGGCUUGAUGUGUUCCUGGCAGUCUGGUCUUGCGGUUGGCAAGCCUGCCCACAGCAGAGGUUUGGAACUAGAUGAUCCUUCUGAUCUUUCCAACACAAGCCAUUCUGUGAUUCUAUGAUUCAGUGGAUAUAACUUGGACUUAAUAAAAUCU